UUCACUAUCACACUUUUCUCUCUCUCUCUCUCUCUCUCUCUCUCUUCUCACCAUUACUACAAUGGAAGGGAACAAUAACAAUACCCUUCUCUUCCUAUUAUUAGCCAUCUCCUUCUCCUUCUCCUUCACACUCUCAUCAACAACCACUACUACUCAUCCACAAACACAAACACAAACACAAACCCUCUCUAUUCGCUCUCUUCCCAACCCUUCAACACUCACAUGGCCCGAAUCAGAACAAGAAUCUUUAUCCAUACCCGAAUCCGUAGACCCAAUAGAACAAGAAUCUCUAUCCCUUCAGCUACACCACAUAGACACUCUCUCCUCCGACAAAACCCCACAACAACUCUUCCAUCUCAGACUCCAAAGAGAUGCUGCCAGAGUCGAAUCCUUCGCAACAGCUCUCAACAAAACCCGUCCCCAUAGAUCCGCUACUGGUUUCAGCAGCUCCAUCGUCUCUGGUCUUUCUCAAGGCAGCGGCGAAUAUUUCACUCGCAUCGGUGUUGGAACUCCAGCUAGGUAUGUUUUCAUGGUUCUCGACACCGGAAGUGACGUGGUUUGGCUCCAAUGUGCACCAUGCCGGAAAUGCUACUCUCAAGCAGAUCCCGUUUUUGACCCAACGAAGUCACGCUCCUACGCCGGAAUCCCAUGCGGUGCUCCUCUCUGCCGGCGACUCGACACUGCUGGUUGCAACACCAAGACCAAGGUUUGUCAGUAUCAAGUUUCUUACGGCGACGGGUCUUUCACCUUCGGUGAUUUCUCCACCGAAACACUCACGUUCCGAAAGACGCGCGUGGCUCGUGUGGCUUUAGGGUGUGGUCAUGAUAACGAAGGUCUUUUCGUUGGUGCUGCUGGUUUAUUAGGUCUUGGUCGUGGUAGAUUAUCUUUCCCGGUUCAAACCGGUCGCCGGUUCAAUCAGAAAUUCUCUUAUUGUCUUGUGGAUCGAUCUGCUACGUCAAAACCGUCUUCCGUUGUUUUUGGUGACUCGGCUGUUUCUCGAACCGCCCGGUUCACUCCACUUCUCAAAAACCCUAAACUCGACACUUUCUAUUACGUUGGGCUUCUCGGAAUCAGUGUGGGUGGUGCUCCAGUUCGUGGCGUCUCCGCCUCGCUCUUCAAACUCGACACCGCCGGAAACGGCGGAGUUAUAAUUGAUUCAGGUACUUCAGUAACCCGAUUGACCCGACCUGCUUACAUUGCACUGAGAGAUGCUUUUAGGCUCGGUGCUACGCAUCUGAAGAAGGCACCGGAGUUUUCGUUGUUCGAUACUUGCUUUGAUUUAUCUGGGCUGACGGAGGUGAAGGUACCGACAUUGGUGCUUCAUUUUCAGGGUGCUGACGUGUCACUUCCGGCACAGAAUUACUUGAUUCCCGUGGACAACAGUGGGAGUUUCUGCUUUGCUUUCGCCGGAACGAUGAGUGGUUUGUCUAUCAUUGGUAACAUUCAGCAGCAAGGGUUUCGGGUCAGUUAUGAUCUUGCGACUUCACGGGUCGGGUUUGCACCGAAAGGGUGCGAAUGAGAUCAGUCAUGAGAAUUGGGAUCAACUCUUUCCCUUUUCUUUGUUUUCUGAUUAGUACUAUCAAUAUCAAUUUAUAUUAUGUCUUUUUUAUUCUUAUGUUUUUAAUGUUAUUAUAGAUUAGAGAAGGAAAAUGAGAUCUUAAUAAUCUUUUUAGAUCUCGCAGGGAUUUAACAAAAUGAGAAUGUUUUUUUUAGUUUCCACCGAUUUAAGUCUUUGCAUGUUGGUGUGAUUUUUAUUUCACAAUUAAAUACCACAACUACCAUGAGUCUA